AUAUGAAAAGAUAAUUUGUCAUUUUUAAAACUUGUACGUUACAAGCAGACAAAUCGUGCAAUGGAGGAGGACGACGGACGGAGGGAUCUAGUCAACGCCGUUUGACUAAAUUUUCUUCUUGCUUUUAUUAACGAGAAACCCUUGCAGAGAAGAAUGGUAAUAUGGUGAUCAAGUGAAAUUUUUUAGGCAGUAGUAUAUUUUAAUGGUCAGGCGGCGUCGUAUUUAUUGUGUUUCAUCUUCCCCUUCCCCCUCUAAUUAAUUCGAUAAGGUCUCUUGCUAUAUAUAAGGUCUCAAUUUUUUCUUCACCCGUGAAAAUUCAGAAUCUAUACAUACAAAUUUCUUGUAUAUAUACGUAUAAAUAUAUGAUAUCUAUUUAUAUAUACACGAUAUACCCAUCUAUAUAUAGAGAGACACGCAUAUCUGUUCUUUUUAGAGAGAGAAGGAGAAGGGAAUGAGCACAAGGCGUGAGAUUUCUUAUAAGAAGGUGAAUAACAUGUGUUAUGAGAAGAGAAGAAGAGAUGACAAUAUUAUGGGUGAGAAGAUAAAACGUAGCCGGAAAAGGUUGAAGUCGUCGUCGGGGACACCGGUCGCGACUGUUUCCGGCCGAUGUGAUUUCCUUGAAACGCUUCCAGACGACAUCGUUUUGUUUAUUCUUGCAAAGCUUGGUGCCACCGCCGCUUGUCCCGCCGAUUUUGUGAGUGUUUUAUCAACAUGCAAAAGGUUAAACGCGUUAGGUGUUCACUCUAUUGUGUUAUCAAAAGCAUCUCCGAAGGCGUUUGCUUUUAAAUCUGAAAACUGGUCGGAAUCUGCUCACAGGUUUCUUAAACAGUGCUCAGAUGCCGGAAAUAUUGAAGCUUGUUACACACUUGGCAUGAUUCGGUUUUAUUGUUUGCAAAAUCGAGGAAGCGGAGCGUCUCUAAUGGCUAAGGCAGCGAUUAAUUCUCACGCGCCGGCGUUAUACUCGCUUGCAGUGAUUCAGUUCAACGGUAGUGGCGGUUUAAAAACCGACAAGGACUUACGCGCCGGUGUAGCUCUUUGUGCUCGUGCGGCGUUUCUCGGUCACAUCGACGCGCUCCGGGAACUCGGACAUUGUCUCCAAGACGGUUACGGCGUUCGUCAGAACAUUGCUGAAGGCCGGCGGUUUUUGGUUCAAGCCAACGCCCGUGAGCUUGCCGCUGUACUGUCAACAACUCCAUCCGCGUUGAUGUCCGGUAACUGGAUGACAUGGAACCCCCUACCUCACCUCCGCCAUGGAAACAUGGUGGGUCCUGGGUGUUCUUUACUUAGCGAUUUCGGAUGUAACGUACCUUCAUCGGAACCUCAUCCGUCAAACCGGUUUCUUACAGAUUGGUUUUCCGGUAAGAUACUUUCGUCGGGGCUUCGUUUAUGCUCUCACGCCGGUUGUGGUCGGCCGGAGACCAGAAAACAUGAGUUCCGGCGAUGUUCAGUUUGCGGAGCUGUUAACUACUGCUCUCGAGCGUGUCAAGCACUCGACUGGAAGAUGCGUCACAAGAUGGAGUGUACACUAGCUGACACGCGGGUCGAUGACGGCGACGGGGAAGACAACGGCAAUGCUAACUACGACGAUGGAAUGGUUGUUGAGAGUUGAACCGUUCUCCGGAGAUACUGAACUUACCGGUGAUUGUAACGGCAGUUGAAGCAAAGUUUUGUCGGGGAGAGUUUUGGAAUUUAAAAUAUAUGCUUUCUUUUGAUGUUCGCCGGAAACUCUGACGUUAGUAAGAGAUGUUAUUAUUAUUUUUUUUUAAUUAUUUUUAAUAACGUUAGCAAUUUCUAUACGAUAUAUUUUAAUAUAACCGCC